AUGGUGACUUCCGGUGACAAUAAACGACCCGACAUCAAAAUUUCAACCAUCAUUCGUCGGAAAUAUGUGGCACUACGAUUGCUUGGAAAAGGCGGAUAUGGUGUGGUGUUUGAAAUCAUGCGAAUCAGUUCACCGGAAACACGUUAUGCAAUUAAAACCGAAUUAGCGACAAUUCACAAUAAUUUGAAAUCAGAAUGGGAAAUAAUGAAUUUAUUACAAAAGAAAAAUGCGAAACAUUGCAUUAUUGGCGUUGAAUAUGGAGCCGAGCGCAAUUUCAAUUAUAUUAUCAUGCAUCUCGUCGGACCAUCACUUUCAGACAUUCGAAGGAAUCUGCCACCAAGGAAGUUUUCUUUGUAUACGACGAGCGUUGUUGCUCUGCAGUGCUUCGACGCUUUGCACGAUCUUCACGACCAAGGAUACAUUCAUCGCGACAUAAAACCAUCAAAUUAUGCCGUCGGGCUUCUGGGAACCGAAAAAGAGAAAAUUGUGCAUUUAUUAGAUUUUGGCAUUUGCCGAAAGAUUUUCGUGAUGUCCGACGGCGAGUGCGUUCUGCGCAAACCGCGAAUGAAGGUGCCGUUUCGCGGAACCGUCCAAUAUUGCUCGCUAAAUGUGCACCUGCGGUUGGAGCCGGGUCGUCACGACGAUUUCUGGUCGCUUCUCUACAUGUCCAUCGAGCUGCUGCUCGGCGACCUUCCAUGGGAGAAGAUGCUCAAAGAGGACACGAAGAAGUACAAAGAGAAUCGAAUCGACGAGCUUCUCGACAAAUGCCCGCUCGAGUUUCAAUUGUUUCGAACCCAACUUCAAACAUUAUCGUAUAGCAGGGAUCCUGAUUACGACAAACUGCGGAAUAUCUUAAUCCAUCUAAUCCAGACGAAUCACUUUUCGCUGGAUAAACAGCUUGAUUGGCAAUUGGGCGAAUAUGGAUUGCUAUUUGCGAAUCGUGUGAAGAUGCCAAGUAAAACGCAGACCCCAAUAAAUCUGGCGGAUAUUUUAAAUAUUCCAAAAAACCCGGUGACAAUUGAUUUGGACCCGAACAUUGAAAGUGUUGAUGUUCCUCAUGAUCAGUCGACAUCGAAAAGCGACGACACCCUCGUCGACGAUGAGAUGCUCAAAGCGAUGCCGAAAACAUCGACGCGGCGUCCAUCGCCAAAAUUUAUCAAGAAAAAACCCGGCGAUAUAUCGGUUCUCGAGAAGAUUCCCGGCGCGUUGCAGCCAGUGAAAACGCCGCUUCGAAAACCGGCGCCGAAAAGGAAAUCGAAGAAAUCGGCGAAAAUAUUAUAUGAAAACGAGGUCUAUGAUAUUCGUAAACACUACGCUCGUGGGUGUUCACCAAUUAUUCCGGCCCGGCGACGUCUUCAUCCGACGACGCGACGUGAGGAGGGAGAGGUGGGGAGAAGGAAGGGAGGGGCGUGUCUUGAGGAGGACGAGCCGGCUGCCGCAAUUUUGCUUUUAUUUCGACUAAUUGCCGCCGAUUUCGACAAUUCCGUUAUAGGCCAACCUUAUAUUUCUUGCGAGAAGGAUCGAAUUGUCGUCGACGUCAUCACCGAACGCCCAUUCACCGGCAAAGUGUUCGUGAAAGGCGAAUAUGGCAACUCGCAGUGUACACGAUUGUUUCGCAACGGCGAGCACGUUAGCGUCGAUGAAUUCGGCAAUCAAGUGUUCCAAGGAACGGUGACACGAUCACGAAUGGGAACGCUGGAAGAGCAACUGCGAUCCGCCACAGGCGAUUCUCGAAUCGCUCAUGGAAAAAUCAAUGUUCCCGACGACAUUGCCGAUGAAUACGGUGGCGCGAAUCAGGGAAAAGCAGGCGCACUAUUAUCCGGCUCAUCGAACACCGGAAUUGAAGGCGAUCAGUGGACGACGGCCGGCGGAGCAACGCCAGACAUGAGGGCUGCGUUCGGCGGCUCACGAGGAGAGGAAAAAAUCGUGAGCACGAAGCAGAAUAAUUUGACGGUUUUCGAGAAGACCAAAAAUAUUGAACGCGGUUUAUAUGGCAAUGUUGAAUCGAAGAAUCAUAUAGGUAGCUCGCAAAUGUCUGGAAGCGCCUCAUGCCCGCCAUGCGAACCGUGCCGUUGCGAUGAGCGUCGCUCGCGUCGCGCCACCAACUCGAUUCGCCUUGAAGUCGGCCUGGACACCUGUAAUUCGAAGCGCGACAGAAAGCUCAAUCCGCCCUCGUUGGUCGUAUCUUUCGUCGCUGUCGUCUCAUUCCAUGACAGCUUCAUCACAAAACUCGACAAGGCUUAUCACAUUCAAUGCGCUUAUGCGGAAAGCGAGAAAACGGUUAGCACCGAUUUGAAUGUCACAAUGACUGAUGAAGUGACAAUCAAUGGCACAAUCGAUGCGCCAAGUUGCGAGUAUUUGAUAACCGAUGAGAAAAGCGUUCCAGUCCGAAAUACAUUUGUCGGCGAUCUUGUGAAACACCAAUGGGUGUGUCGUGGCGGGAUGACAGGCAAAAUGAGAAUGCUUGUCCAUGAUUGUUUUAUUGAAGACGGCUCAUCGCAAAAUUUUAUGGUCAUCGAUGAGAAUGGAUGCUCUUUGGACCAGUAUAUGCUUCAAACUCCCACCUAUUCGUCCGAUGGUCUCACCGCGAAUGUCGAUGCUUAUGUGUUUCGAUUCCCUGAAAGAUCUGGAGUCGAUUUCAAGUGCAGUAUUUCGUUUUGCUCAAUAGACGAUCAUGAAUGCGACAAUAUUACGCCCCCUCGGUGCCAUUCAAACCAUUUGAGGAGGAAGAGAAGCGCGAAUCCGAAAAUGCCGUCGUUGUCGCUGCAUUCGAAUAGUCUGACGGUGUUCGAUGUGGAUACAAGCAAUAAUCAUCAAGACUUCCACAUUUCCGCUCCUCAAUCAUUAUCAUCCAUUGAUGACAGCCCAACCUCGUUCUGCCUUUCCAUCACCAGUUUCGGAGUAUUGUGUGGAAAAUUGCAUCGAAUACGAAAAUGCCUUAUCAAUGUGCCGAAAAACGAGAUAACCAUUAUUGAUUUGGCGGUUUGCUCGACGACGCGCUUCUUUCGACAGAUUGCGUUCGAUUUGCGAGUUCGCGAUGCCCAACAAUGUUUCGAGAUUUCGAUCGUUUCCGGAGCUUCUGAAAAUAUUCACAUUGGCGUCGGAAUCAUCUGGUUCACAAUUGGCACUUCAAUCCUCUUCGACAUCGUCACAAUCGCAAUUCUCUUCAAGGAAAUCGACAGGACAUCAAUGCUCAUUCGAAUGCUUCCAUAUGCUGCAAUUGAAUGCGGCGCAUCCGUUCUCACAAUUAUCCUCUAUAUUCUGUCAGCAUCGCUGGCAAUCAGCAGCGAGGAGAUCACUGCCGAUUUCAGCUUCAUCACAGCCGCCCUUGUCUGCGUCCUAAUCGCCGCCAUCUACGUCAUCAAUUUCGGUAUUUACCUUCGAAAGUGGCUCAAUAACACCCACCACAGAAACCCAUCUGAUGUGUACGAAUACACAAACUAUGGAAACGAAUGA